AUGCCCCCCGCCGAGAACUUGAACUUUGCCCUCUUCCCUGGCCAAACACAUCCGUCUCAGCCGAUUUCGCUAAGUGCGCAGGCCACCUCCGACCUCCACCAAUACGGGCGCGGCCGCGCCAUUGUCAACGAGUGGUUCCGCAUCUGGAUAGAGCCCGCGACGCAGGACAUCUCUCCUCCCCUCGCACACUCCAUCGCGACACCCGCUCGCACCGCGGAGCUGCUGCUCUUCAUGGAGCACUUCUUGCGCUUCCGAACCAUCGCCCUCCGCGACCUUCUCACUACACCCCCGGAUAUCGCCUACUUCCUCUCGCGCGAGAUGGCGCUGCUGGACUGGCUCGGGCGGUACUGGGAGGCUUUUCAGCAGCGUAUGUGCGAGGCCACGCUCCCACUCCCACGCGCGCUGGACACGUCUGUAAAGCUUUGCCCCAAGACCGAGUCCGAGCACAGGAACCGCUUCGUCGUAGAGUGGUUCUCCAGCAACGGGCUUGACUUGCGGGCCACACAGAGCAUCUUCGAGCGCGAUGCGUUCCAGGAGUUGAAGCGCCGAAUUGCCCUGCAUUACGGGAACGACCGCGCCGUCGGUGGAUGGGACAAAAGGCGGUACUGGGCUAUCUUCUCGACGGCGCUGAAACGAUCCAGUGAGCAGAGUGACAAACAGUUGGAAUACUUCGUCGGCUUCGACGGGUGGCAAUCGCGCUUCACUUUGUUCAACACGGCAUUGCUGCGUGGGGCGCCCCUAGACGCGAUGCUUGCGUCCCUUCGCUGCAUCCACGAUCCUGUCACCUUGGGAGGCGCGUUCGCGGUCGGGGCGGUGCACAAAUCCAGCAGACUGCCGAAGGAAGAACGAUCAAAGUGGCUCGGACGGACGAUGAUAUUCAUCAUCAACCAUGCCCUUCGCGCGCUCUCGCAAGGCUCAGAUGCUUGCGCAGAGGAGGCAGUUGCCGCCUUUCUCGCGAUUAGUCGAUACAACCUUUAA